CAUAGUUGUAGAGAGAGAGAAAGAGGGGGAGGGGGUUUUUAGAGAGAGAAAAGCAAGGUAGUUAUUUUAGGAGAGAGAGAGAGAGAGAGAGAGAGAGAGAGAGAGAGAGAGAUGGAAAUUUAUGUACAUGGUUGAACAGCUUUGACGGAUUACCAGCCUCCGGUGUGCUGCUAAGAGCAUCGAUCCGAAGGCUGGUCCCGGAAUCCGAAAGUAGCCAUUUGAUCUCCAGAUGUUUUCUUUCCCUUCUUUUUGGUUUCAGAAGAUUCCGAGGAUUGCAGGGUAAAGAAGGGAAAGAAAACGAAAAGGAUUUGGAAAAAGGGUAUAGGGAAUUGUAGCGAAUUUGAACAUAAUUAGAAUUCAGAAUGAGCGUUGUUUCCGGUGUAAUUUCGAGGCAAGUUUUGCCAGCAUGCGGCACUCUUUGCGUUUUCUGCCCUGCUAUGCGGGCGAGGUCUAGGCAGCCUGUGAAGAGGUACAAAAAGUUGAUUGCAGAAAUUUUUCCUCGAUCUCAGGAAGAGGAACCAAAUGAUCGAAAGAUUGGAAAACUAUGUGAAUAUGCAGCCAAAAAUCCUUUGCGGAUACCCAAGAUCACAAAUUCACUUGAGCAGAGGUGCUACAAGGAAUUGAGAACUGAGAAUUUUCGAUCAGCAAAAGUUGUCAUGUGUGUCUACAAGAAGUUGUUAGUUUCUUGUAAGGAGCAAAUGCCUCUCUUCGCGAGUAGUUUACUGAGCAUCAUUCACACUCUGCUGGAUCAAGCACGACAGGAUGAUAUACAAAUUAUAGGAUGCGAGACGCUUUUUGACUUUGUAAAUAAUCAGACAGAUGGAGCUUACAUGUUUAACUUAGACGGAUUCAUUCCAAAACUCUGUCAACUGGCUCAAGAAGCAGGGGAAGAGGAGAAAGCUAAUAAUCUUCGUUCAGCUGGGCUGCAAGCCCUCUCUUCGCUGGUUUGGUCUAUGGGCCAAAACUCGCAUAUUUCAGCUGAGUUUGACAAUAUUGUUUCAGUAGUUUUGGAAAAUUAUGGAUGUCCUAGUAAAGAGUCUAUGGACUCUGGAAAUAAUAAUCCGAACCGGUGGGUGCAAGAAGUACUUAAAGAUUCGGGACAUGUGUCUCCUUCACCAGAGCUCAAAAUGAGGGUUCCUUCUUGGAGGACGAUCGUGAACGAGAAAGGCGAAAUAAAUUUGGCAGCGGAAGAUGCAAAUAACCCCAGCUUUUGGUCCAGAGUAUGCCUGCAUAAUAUGGCCAAGCUGGCCAAGGAGGCUACAACCACGCGGCGUGUUUUGGAAUCAUUGUUCCGUUGUUUUGACAAUGGAAAACUGUGGCCUGCUCAUCAUGGGCUUGCUUUUCCUGUCCUGAAGGACAUGCAGUUUUUAAUGGAUGAUUCUGGGGAAAAUGCACACUUUUUGAUUUCAAGUUUAAUCAAGCAUCUUGAUCACAAAAAUGUCCUUAAACAACCAGAAAUGCAGCUUGAAAUUGUCGAGGUUACCACCUCUCUGACUCGACAAGCAAAUGUUCAGCCUUCCGUAGCUAUUAUUGGUGCAAUAACCGAUGUUAUGAGGCACCUAAGGAAAAGCAUUCAUUAUUCACUUGAUGAUGCAAAUUCAGGUGCUGACGUAAUCAAAUGGAACAGCAAAUUUCAGGAAGCUGUUGAUGAGUGUCUUGUGGAGUUAUCACAUAAGGUUGGAGAUGCCGGCCAAAUUCUUGACACCAUGGCCGUGAUGUUAGAGAACAUCUCAAGUGUUACAGUUGUAGCCAGGACUACCAUUGCUGCUGUUUUCCGUACCGCUCAAAUUGUUGCCUCCAUACCAAAUUUGUCAUACAAAGACAAGGCAUUUCCUGAGGCUUUAUUUCACCAGUUACUCCCUGCUAUGGUCCAUCCAGACCAUGAAACACGAAUUGGGGCUCACCGCAUCUUUUCUGUUGUCCUUGUACCAUCUUCUGUUCGCCCUCAUAUAAGCUCAUCUGUUACUGAGUCAAAGAAUGUGACUGAUUUUGCAAGAACUCUGUCUAGAACUGUUUCCGUUUUUUCCUCAUCAGCUGCCCUCUUUGAGAAGUUGAGAAAUGAAAAGUCUUCCUCAAGGGAAAAUGUAACUCAGGAAAAUAAACAAAACCUUGUCACUGAGGGGCAACAGCAAAACGGCAAUGAUGGGAUGCUGAACAGAAUCAAGUCUGCUUACAGUCGAGCCUAUAGCGUGAAAAGUUCACCAGUACUUCCAACAGCAGAUGAAGGCUCUACGAACAAUUCAAAUAAGGAAUUGGAAGCAGUUUCUCUUAGGCUGAGUAGCCGCCAGAUUAGCCUCUUGCUUUCAUCAAUUUGGGCGCAAUCCAUCUCACCAGCAAAUAUGCCUGAAAACUAUGAAGCAAUAGCUCAUACAUACAGCCUAGUGCUGCUGUUCUCUCGAGGCAAGCGCUCCAGUCAAGAGGCUCUGUUCCGAAGUUUUCAGCUAGCCUUUUCCCUGCGAAGCAUUUCUCUCAAGGAAGGAGGGUCUCUACCGCCAUCGCGUCGAAGAUCACUCUUUACAUUGGCGACUUUUUUGGUCAUCUUUUCAUCAAAAGCAUACAAUAUCCUUCCGCUCAUUCCAUGUGUCAAGGCUUCCCUUAGGAACAAAAUGGUGGAUCCAUUUUUGAAUUUAGUUGACGAUUGCAAGUUAGAGGCUAAUGAUACUGGAUCUCAGCAUUCCAGCAUUACUUUUGGAUCUAAAGAAGACGAUGUUUCUGCUUCAAAAUUGGUUUCAGAAAUAGAAAUUACUGAGGACCAGAGUAGGGAAUCCCUGGCAUCUGUGAUAGUGAAGAGUUUGGAAAAUUCAUCAAACAUGUCUAUUAUAAGGGAGCAAUUGUUGAACGAUUUUGUACCUGAUGAUGUGUGCCCUCUGGGAGCCCAGUUCAUGGAUCCUCCACGAACAGUAUAUCAGUUUGAUCCAAAUGACAAUAACUCUACAGAGGAGGCCAGUCCACUUUUUUCAAUAGAUGAUGAUGCUCCAGAUACAUUUGGAAGUCAACCUAAGCAUAACUCGGAGCAUGCCCUCGAAACCUUUGAUCUCUUGAGUGUCAAUCAACUUCUAGAAUCGGUUUUGGAGACAGCACAUCAAGUUGGGAGACUCUCUGUGUGCACCGCACCUGAAGUGUCUUACAAGGAAAUGGCUGGUCACUGUGAGGCACUUCUGAUGGGAAAACAGCAAAAGAUGUCCUAUUUAAUGAGCGCCCAGCAGAGGCAGGGGAAUUUUCUAAGUAUAGUUCCACAGAAUCAUGAUGAAGAGAAGGCUUUUGUUGAUGAGGACGUCCAAGGGGUUGGCAAUCCUUUUAUGGAUCAGACCUCAACUACCGAUACAAACAAACCAUCUGGGGGCAGUAUUCCUAUGAUGUGUGCUGCAGAGUACCAAAAUCAUCCUCACUCCUUCAGGCUACCUGCAUCAAGUCCAUACGACAACUUCUUGAAAGCUGCUGGGUGUUGAUCUUAGGGAGUGUUUUGUUCGACAUGAUAUGGGAAGAGAUGGAACUCAUUCCUCGGCCUCUCAAUGAAAUGGCGAUUCACCCAAAUUUGUGAAUAGUGAUUCCAUUUGUAGCUUAUAUUAUGGUUUUUGGUUUAGUGAAUCAAAGGUCGGAAUGAGCAUUCUAGUGGAAUGGCAUUUCCAUUCCCGUGAAUCAAACAUUGCCUGCCAAGAUACAGAAUUUCACGCACCUUCACGAGCCGAACAAGAAAGAUUAAUUUGCUUCUUUGGUUGGAAACCCGAAUUCCUCACGCACAUAGAUUCUUGUGGUACGACAAGCGCGAGUCGGAGAUUGGCUAAUUGGCAAUCAGGUGAACAACUUCAGUUUUUUUUAUCAAGAUUUGAUUCAGUUGGUUAUUUCAUUAUUUCAUUUAUUUAUUUUUCUUCCCCCUUCCUAACAUUCAAUGUAUGGCUAACUGUAGGCAAUUCAUGAGAGUUUUCCUUCCUUGCUUUAAAACCCAUAUGUUGUAUGAAUAGUGAAUGGUGAAUAGUAGGUUUUGUUUGUUCCCCUGUAUCGUCUUGUAUUGUGAUGGAGGUGUAUGUAAAUAUUUCAUGGUUUGCAAUAUUUGUGUGACCCAUUUCUUAACAUCUACAUUUAUUGUUGAUUCUUCUUCAAACUUAG